AGUCUAUAUGUAGAGAAGAAAGACAGAUAUAAGGGUUCAGUACUGAAUAUUAACCUGUCGAGGUAUUUUAACAACUUACAAUAAAUAAAAUAUCAUCCUCCCCAGAAAGACAUUAUAACAUUCGAAGAUGUAAAAUUGUCCGACUACUAACCAACCGCGUUUGUGACUCGCCGUAACUUACAAUCAUUGUCCUAUAAUUGCUUUGUUUCGAGUUCGGAUACAGGGUCUGUAACUAUAUUUACCACAUCACUUAAAUUACCCCCACUAAAUAUAUAUAAACAGACACAAUGUAUGUAUGUAUGCAUUAUUUACUCCAGCUUAGAUAUUUCAAUCUCUAUAUUACUAUUGUUGACGAAAAGAAAUCUAACGGGGUAAUGAGAUCUUUGGUAAGGAGCCCUUGGUUUCCGUCCUUUUACUGCGAUCUGAUGCCGCGCUCAGGGCGCAGUAAGUACUCGGUUAUUCCAAAACACAAAUUACUCCAUCGAGAUGUUCAAAAAUGCCUAAUUAUUGCAAAAGAAACAUUCCACUAUUUUAUGGUCGAUAAAACCUUAACAGCGUGCAAUUAUGGAAAAUCGAACUUGGGAUUUGGGGAGUAUUAGCAAAUUUCAAUCGCGUGCAAUUAAAAUAACAUUGUGAUGGAAGGGAGCCCAUAUGCAGACACAUCAAGUAUAAAUCCGAGCUCCUGUAUGUUUGCAGAUCGGUUGGACAUUUGAACAAUCCCCGUGAACGUUUUGUUCAACACUUUUCUCUUGAAGUACUGUAGUGUUUAUACACCAAAUGCACAUGUAGAUACAUGCACGCUUUAAUGAAGAGUGUUGAUGCAAUAACAAUCACUCCCACGCACAAUUACUGUGAAAUCCUUCAAAGCUAAGAUAUGGCGUUGUGCUCUUCUGUUGGGAUUUUCUUUACAAGAAUAUCAAAAUUAAAUCUAUAAAUCAUCUCCCUGAAUACACACUCUUAAAGCUAUGUUCUUUCCUUUCUGUUAAGCAGGGGUAAUUUACUGAAAGCAGAAAUCAGGGGACUGUUGCUGUUUCUUAUCCCACUAGCUGCAGACGCUGUUGUUCUUUACCGCAUUUAAAAUAGUCAGAGAAACACUAUUCCAGAGACUGAUUUCAGAUGUUUCCCUAGUCUACACAAGCUAACAAAAAGGGACAUUAUGCCUGUACAAUGAAAAAGCCCAAAUGGAGAACUGAAUGAAAAAAAAUCUAUUCUUACAACUGUUAUUUACCUAUCUAAAUUACAAUGUUCAUCUACAUAUAAAACACAUUUACUGAAAUAAUAAUUUGUUAUUCUGUUUCUUAUUUUCUCAUCUGUCUUCUAAUCACUGUUGAUCGAGCUAUUGUUGAAUACGUGACGCAGAGCCAUUUUUCCAUGUGUUAGACUAUAUGAAAUAUGCAUGCAUAACUAUAUCCUGUAACCUAAUACGGUUCUCAUUGGGCCACUAAUAUUCUAUUAGAACCACCUCUGUUAUAGUUCAGAACUGAUUUGGUUGUUUGUAACUUUGCUAGCACAGUCGUCGGAUCUCCAGGGAGUUUUUUGAACUAAAGUCGUUUUCUAUUGGCCAGACACUGAUCAGCUGGUUAUAUUUGCUGCUGUCGCUUUGGCGCUCGGCCAUCCUGAAACAAACCACCUCGAUGACUACUAAUAGCUAAACCACAUUGUGUACUAAUACAUAACAAAUCAUAUUACUACAGAGUGUGGAGCAAAUGAGUUCGUAUUUUGUGAACCCCAGUUUCCCUGUUUCACUGCCUAGUGGCCAGGACUCUUUCCUCGGACAGAUCCCACUUUAUACAACGGGCUAUGAUGCUCUAAGGCACUUUCCAGCUUCCUAUGGGGCAACCACCCUCCAGGAUAAGAGUUACUCUUCACCUUGUUAUUAUCAACAAUCCAAUUCAGUAAUAGCUUGCAAUCGUGCAUCGUAUGAUUAUGGAGCUUCUUGUUUCUACCCUGAAAAGGAUCUAGCCAGUAUCUCGCCAUCCGGUAGUGGAAAGCAUAGACCCCAGGAUGACUUCUUUUCCUCAGACCAACAUUACAAAACAGAUUGUGCGCAAAACAAAAUUUUGAGUGAAGAAGGAAACGACCGGAAGUACAGUACUCCAAUUUAUCCUUGGAUGCAACGAAUGAAUUCAAGUUCCAGUUCUGUAUUUGGGCCUCAUGGGCGUCGAGGACGACAGACCUAUACACGAUUCCAAACACUUGAGCUGGAGAAAGAAUUUCACUUUAACAGAUAUUUAACUAGACGCCGCCGGAUAGAGAUUGCCAACGCACUCUGCCUCACAGAACGUCAGAUAAAGAUCUGGUUCCAGAAUAGGAGAAUGAAAUGGAAAAAGGAAAACAAACUUCUAAACACAACAGAAUCCAACAGCGAAGAAGCAGAAGAUAAAACAGGGGAGUAAGAGCGCAAAUUCAAAGGAAGUUACCCUGGGCCUUUCUGUUUGGUAGUGAGUUACAAUGUGCUCAUUCUGCUAAACAGUUUAGAGAGAGAAAAAAAUAAUCGUAUAUCUGUUUGUUUUCGUUGUUCCUCCUCUUGAGCUUGUGUCUAUGUAUAAUUGGUAGAGGAAUUGUUCAAAUAAUUCGCAUUCCAUAGGAUACAAUAAUUAUACGGUGUAGGAUUAAUUGUUUUAUAAAUGCGAAGUGUGAAUGUU